AUGUGGUUCAACUGGGAGGAGUUAAACAAGCCCCAAGCACAGACUGAGAAGAACCUGGAGUGGUUCCCGCGGAUGAGGGCCAUCUCUCUGGUGAGCAGCGAGGCGGAGGGAGAACAGAACGAGAUGAGGAGUCUGCAGGAGAAACUCGACAGCACGGUCUCACUGGUGUCUCUGCUGUCCACUCAGCUGGCAGAACUGAAGGAGCAGAUGACGGAGCAGAGGAAGAACAAGCAACGUCUGGGUUUCCUGGGGCCGCAGUCCAACCCCCACAUCCCGUCCCACUGA